CUCACCGCCGCCUCGCCGGCUUCUUCGCCUCAUUACAUCGCCCGCUGCCCUUUUUCUGCAUUUUUUUAGGAAGAAGAAACCGCGCAUUUUGGACCAAAUCAAGAAACCAUCACCAUGGCGAGCACCGAGGACAAACCGGCCAACAAGGAGAACACAUCCAGCUGGAAGGACUCCUUCUACAACCCGAGGACCGGGGAGGUGCUGGGUCGCACCGCCAGCAGCUGGGCCCUCAUCCUGCUAUUCUACCUGGUUUUCUACUGCUUCUUGGCUGGGAUGUUCGCCCUGACCAUGUGGGUGAUGCUGCUCACUUUGGACGAUUAUGUGCCGAAGUACCGAGACCGCGUUCCCUACCCAGGGUUGGCCAUUCAGCCAAAUUCACUUGAUAUAACAUUCAGUAAAUCUGACCCGACCAAGUAUUCAUCGUAUGUUCAGCUCCUGGAAAACUACCUGCAGAACUAUAACGACUCAGUGCAGGAGUUGAACCAGGACUGUGUCCAAGGAAAGUAUUAUCUGCAGGACGAUUCCGAAGGGAUGACAAAGAAAGCUUGCCGCUUCAAGAGGGGCUCCCUGAGUCUCUGCUCCGGCCUCUCUGACACCACCUUUGGAUAUUCUGAGGGACAACCCUGCGUGGUGCUGAAAAUGAACAGGAUCAUUGGCCUGAAGCCUCUCGGGGAUCCCUACAUCAACUGCACAAUAAAAAAAGACACCCCGAUUCAAAUGCAGUAUUUCCCCCCUGAGGGGCGCUUUGAUCUGAUGUAUUUCCCCUACUACGGCAAGAAAGCCCAUGAGACUUAUGUGCAGCCCCUGGUGGCUGUGAAGCUGCUGCUCACCAAGGAGGACUACAACAAGGAGCUGUCGGUGGAGUGCAGGGUAGAGGGCUCCAACCUCCGCAACAACGACGAGAGGGAUAAGUUCCUGGGCCGCAUCAACUUCAGGAUCAAGGUGCUCGAGUAAAAGAGAAGACGGCCCGUAUAUAAAAAGGAAAAACCGAAGCAGAGGCUGCCUACAUUUGCUAAGGAUUUAUGUUUAAAAAUAAAUAUAAAAAAAGGAAGGAAGUGUCAAAUACGUCAGAAAAAGACGGCAUUUUUGGGAUGUGGCCAAAUAGUUAGAUACAGAUAUUGAAUGUUGUUUUGCUGACAUUUCUGACCCUUCUUUCCUUCGUGAUCUCCUCGAAGAUCAAAGACACAGGUUGCUCUGCUCCUGACCCCACCCGUCCAUCCAUCCAUCCCUUCAUUCACCUGUUGCACUGCUCAUUCUUCACUCAGUUUAUUAUCAUUAUUGUUUUUUUUUUUUUAGUAUUGAUGUGAUUAGAUAACUUAUAGCCAUUGCAACCAAGCCAUUUGGAGCUGUUGUGUAAUUGCUGAUACAAUUUUUUUAAAUGUUUUUUAGAUCUUUCUGCUGUCAGGAAGAGAGUGUUGUUUAUCAUCUCUCCAAACUAUGAACGACUGUAUUAUCGCCAGUGUUGAGGGGAUUUUUAUCUUGCUGUAUAGUAUAACUGAGAAAGUAGAUCAUCUUUCCAAACACAUCUUCAGAGUAUUUCACAUUAUCACAUCACAAAGACUUCAUAGGAUCGUACCUUGAUAAUCAAGUAUAGCCACUGUAUCCCUGUAUAUGAAAUGCCAAUUACAAAGUCCCUUUCUACAUAUAAAUACAUUGUGAUCCUUACAAUAUUUAGGGAAUUAUAGAUCUUCGUGUUGUGGCCUGCGUAGCCACAACCCAGUCUUGUGCCGUCUGUCUGUCCGUCUGUCUGCAUGUCUGUCUGUAUGUCUGUCUGUCUGCCCGUCUUCCUGUUUACUCACCUCUCCACUGCAAUAGCCAACAUGUGGGUGAGCCCUCCAGGACUAGAAGCGUGUCUCGCUCCACCUCGGGGUGCUGCGUAGUGAUGGUGGCUGAGGAGACACACACACACACAAACACAAACGCACACAAGAAGGUACAGUGUAAAAAAAAUAUUUGCUUUUAACACGGGAAAGCAUUGCAAAAAUAAAAAGUUCACUGUAACUAUGUACUGUAUAUCUUCACGUGAUCUGUAUAUCUAUCUGGGUCUCAAAGAUUGUUUGUUAGUUUUCUCUCUUCUUCAGCCUGUUGAUCUGAUUGUCUGCCAAUCUAUUACUCUUCAAUGUAUAUAUAUAUACACUAUCUACCAUAUUUACUUAAUUCACAUUGUAUUUUUGUCACAAAACACAAUGUCUGUGCACUGUAAAGAAAUAAUUUAAGCAAAGAUUUACAGGAAAUUAUCUUAUUCAAAGCUAUGUUUACACAGUCUUAAAAGGAACCCGUAUUUGAAAGACCAACUUGUAACAUCUCUUCAGGGUGCCUUAAGACCUGAUGAAAUAAAUUGUGGAAUAAAAGUGAUUUUGAAGAAAAAA